UCCGCUAUGGACAGAAGAGGCUGCCAAUGAGUUCCGCCGAGUAGCAGAAGGGGCAGGGCCAGCCCUUAAAGGAGCCGCGACCCGUGAGCAGACCAGAGGGUGACCCGGAUGAUGGCGGCCGGCGCGGCCCUAGCCCUGGCCCUGUGGCUACUACUGCCUCCAGUGGAGGUGGCAGGGGCUGGACCCCCGCCGAUCCAGGACGGCGAGUUCACAUUCCUGUUGCCUGCGGGGAGGAAGCAGUGUUUCUACCAGUCCGCGCCGGCCAACGCAAGCCUUGAGACCGAGUACCAGGUGAUUGGAGGUGCUGGGCUGGACGUGGAUUUCACGCUGGAGAGCCCUCAGGGUGUGCUGUUGGUCAGCGAUUCCCGCAAGGCUGAUGGGGUGCACACGGUGGAGCCUACAGAGGCCGGAGACUACAAGCUGUGUUUUGACAACUCCUUCAGCACAAUCUCUGAGAAGCUGGUGUUCUUUGAACUCAUCUUUGACAGCUUGCAAGAUGACGAGGAGGUCGAGGGCUGGGCAGAGGCUGUGGAGCCGGAGGAAAUGCUGGAUGUCAAAAUGGAGGACAUUAAGGAGUCCAUCGAGACCAUGAGGACCCGGCUGGAGCGCAGCAUCCAGAUGUUGACACUGCUGCGGGCCUUUGAGGCGCGUGACCGCAACCUGCAGGAGGGCAACCUGGAACGGGUCAACUUCUGGUCGGCCGUGAACAUGGCCGUCCUGCUGCUGGUGGCCGUGCUGCAGGUCUGCACGGUGAAGCGCUUCUUCCAGGACAAGCGCCCUGUGCCCACGUAGCCCCUGCCCGGGAAGGAAGAAUGGGAAAAAGGAGGGACAGUGGGGCAUGUGAGUGUGGACUUGGGGGUCCCUCCCCAACUUAAGUUUCCUGCAAAGGGAGGCCUGAGAUGAAGCCUGGUGCAUCUGGGCAGGCAGGGGACACCGCUGGCUUGCAG